AUGAACAGAGAAUACGGACUUAACAACAACCAUAGGGAGAAUGGUAAGAACGAUAACACUGCAGUCUGCAAUGAGACUCACAAUGUAGAGCGACACACUCUCUCAUCCUCUGCCUCUCUUGCUUUCUGGAUGACUGGAGCUGUAGACAUCACUUCAGAGCAAUUAAACUCUACCAAUGUAGAGAAAAGUGAAUCAAACGACAAUGCGGAAACGAAAAAGCCAAAGAAACUACUCUUAUCAGAUGAUAAGAAAGAAGAAGAAGAAGAGGAGGAGGAAAUUACUUCCAGGAAUGGGAGUAAUAAAAAAGAGUCACUCAACACACCAGUAUUGCAAACUCCCCAAAGUGUGAUAUGGGUACAGGAUACACGGACAAGAAAGAAGAAGAGUGGUAGUAAAAACAAUAAUAAUAAUAAUAGUAAUAGUAAUAGUAAUCAUAAGAAUCAUUCUCUUGGAAACACUACCACACCAUCAACAACAGAUAUGCCUAUUCACAUUAUUGAUGAAACUGUUAUGUGUAAUUUAGUACCAUUACUCCCCCGUACACAUGCGGAAUAUGCAUUAGUUUCUCAAAUAGUUCCCUGUACUGUUUGGCCACCUCUCACACAAGAGAUCAAGAGUACAUCGCCGGUAUUGAAUUUACAAGAAGCCGCCGCUCUCACUUCGCAAUUACAUCAAAAGUCUCUACGCAUCUCCACUACACCUCCACCCUUCUCGGCUCCUGCGGCACUACCGGGGGCUUUAGUGGAAUGGGUGACCGGCACUGUUGGAUACACCGCCGAUACAGAGGGAUUGUGGGAGGAACAACGUAUUGUGGCUGAGCGUUAUUAUCAUCUAAUACCAGUUCAACUAGAAGAAGAAGAAAAAGAAAAAGAAGAAGAAGAAGAAAAAGAGAAGGAAUCGUAUAUGAGAGUACGAAAAGUGAAUCCUUGUAUACCACCUUCAACGAUUAGAGGAGCUGUAAUGGAACAACUACGGCGAUUUCGUGGAAUAGAGGAGGAACGGAGAAGAUCAGAUGAGAAGAGGGAUCAUUGGAUACCUCAAUUUGCACGUUUAGUGGAAUUAACACCCACUUGUAUUACCGCAGUGGAUGAAAUGGUGAAUAAACUCUCUGCUGGUAUUAUGAUUCCCUCAUCUGAGUGUGAUUUAAUGCUUGAUGAGAUUCUUCUUAUUGGUAUCGUACCACGUGGGGAUCCACAUCGUUUAUCUCUUCUAUGCCCUUCAGAGGCAUACCGUAUACUCACAGAAGAUCAACCAGAAGAAAAAGAAAAAGAAGAGCAACAGCAGAAUGUGAAAAACAAUAUGGAGAGUACUACUACUAUUACUACUACUACUACUACUAAUAAUAAUAAUAAUAAUAAUAAUAAUAAUAAUAAUGAUGAUGAUAUCACAAAAUCAGAGUCCACAUGUAGUGUUGCUGAACACUUAUUAGACAUGAUCCUACAAUGCUUACGUGAUUCACUUCAACGUCGUAUUGGUGUACAGUAUGAACUCCUUCGUAUUUUACGUGUACGUGCACUUGCGUUAGUUCAUCGUGAGAUGCUUCUUCAGUACUCACGCUGGUAUACAACUAUUCCCACACCUCUUACAGUGAUGUAUCUCUUAGCCGCUAGUUCUUUGUUUGCGCCUCUCAUGGCAGAGCGGUGGCCACGCAAACCAUUAGAAACACAACAAAUGUCGACUUUUGUGAAAUGUGGGAGUGGCAUAAAGAGAAGACGCGAGGAGGAAAAUAGUGAAUCACAAAAGAAUGAAGAAGAGAAUAAUGAACAGUACAUGGAUGAGAUGAAUGAGAAUAAUAGUAAUAAUGAGGAGAAGGAAGAUGAAGAGGAAGAAGAGGAAGAAGAAGAAGAGGAGGAACCUUCUACUCCCUCUACUUUACCUGAUGGGAUGAGUUCUAGUAGUAUUGGUACAUUACCUUCUAAUAUUAAUAUGCGAGGUGAUGGUAAACAUGUGGGGUAUAAAAGUGUAGUACAUAUUCCAUGUGAAUUGGAUCUUCUGGAUGAUGAUUACCUGACCCGCUUUGCUGCAUGGCUUCGACGAAAUGCGAAUAGUAAUAAUAACAAUAAUAAUAACAAUAAUAAUAAUAGUAAUAAUAAU